CACAAGUUGGUCGAAGUUGCUUUCGUAGACCCCCGUGUCGAGAGUCUCCAACUGCAUUAUUCAGUCAACCAUGUCUGCAAGAUCACCACUGAACUUUACCAACCAGAGAGACCCAAAAUGAAACAAAUGCGAAACCCAAGAAUCAUUGAGAGUAGAGCACCACCAGAAUGCCUUCUUGGAAAUAUCCCGUCGUGUUUUUGUCUCUCCUCGCGAUUACCUCCCUUAGCCUUACCAGUGAAAGCGCACCCACUUACAGUGGUCGCUCCUGCUCAAACUCAACCUUCUUCACCGCUAACGACACCUUCGAAUCCAACCUCAAUUCCGUUCUCUCCUCUCUUUCCUCAAACGCCACACGGGCCGGUACCGGGUUUUAUAACGCCUCGGCCGGUGAGGACCCAACUGACGUGGUUUACGGGCUCUCUCUCUGCCGGGGCGACGUCAGCACCGCCGUCUGUCAAGACUGCGUUGCCACCGCGACCAAAGAGAUACGACGGCGCUGCCCCUUGGACAAAGUUUCUAUAAUAUGGUACGACGAGUGCUUUUUACGUUACUCCAACGAAUACAUCUUCGGUACCUUGAGCACAGAUCCGGCGUUAUACCUGAUCAACACUGGAAUGAUCCAAGAGGCGGACAGGGAACGCUUCAGCCAAUUGUUGUCGGGCAACACAACCAAUUUGUUGGCGACACGGGCCUCGAAUUCUCAGUCGGGAAAGAAGUUUGCGACGGAGGAAGAGGAGUUCAACAGUUAUCAGACACUGUACAACCUGGUGCAGUGCACACCGGAUCUGACUGCGUCCGAUUGCUAUAGUUGUUUACAAAAAGCCAUUCUUCCAAUAUGCUGCGGUGGAAAUCAAGGUGGAAGGGCUCUGCUACCGAGUUGUAACCUCAGAUAGGGGUGUAAAUUUUAACCGGAAAACCGGUCCGGUCCGGUCCGGUUGUACCGGUUUUGAACCGGUCCGGAACCGGUCCGGUUCGGUUCCAGCCAUUUUUAGACCGGACCGGACCGGUACUAUUUAAU